AUUUUAUCCCAUCGACAAUACCACUGCUGUGGUAGUCUACUUUUGACCUUCACCCCCAGCCAGCGUCACAUUGCCUCCUGCAGUUACCAGAUCCUUGGUGCCACCGCCAUCCCACCACCCAUGUCCAUGCAUGCUCAUCUCAUCCCCGUGCCGCUUCUCCUCUCUCAUUCGGGCCUAAAACUUAUCGACUGCACUCGUGCUUAUUAGCCCUAUUCUUCUUCUUCCUCCUUCUUCCUCGCAUAUCCUAUACCACCACCACAACCGCCAACAUGUCGGGGAAACUAUCAGAAAAAGACUCCCCCCGCGGCCUGUCUCCCGAGCGCAAGGGUCAUGGCGACCCGACCGACGUCGACGUCGAGGCCGCCGCCCCGAAAGGCCUCGCCCAGUGGUUCGGCGGGCCCAAGACCACCGUCGGCCCUCGCAUCGGGCCCGUCCUCGACAGCAUCACCCUCGCCGCCGACGACUCCGACGACAGCGCCAGCGCCAUCCUGCACCGCCAGAAGGAGGCCGAGCAGGGCGCUGACAUCCAGUACCGGAGCUGUAGUUGGCAGAUGACUGCUGCCCUACUCUUCUCAGAGUAUAUAUGUCUGGCCAUCAUGAGCUUUCCUUGGUCGUAUAGCAUACUGGGACUUUUCCCCGGCCUGCUCCUGACCGUCGUGGUGUCUAUGCUUGUGCUCUAUACGUCUCUGAUCCUCUGGGAAUUUUGUCUGCGCCAUCCCGAGGUUCGUGAUGUUUGUGAUAUCGGCCAGAUGAUUUUCUGGAACCAAAAAUGGGCAUGGUGGUUCACUGCUGUCAUGUUCCUGCUCAACAACACUUUCAUCCAAGGGCUGCACGUGCUUGUCGGCGCAAAGUACCUCAACACCAUGACCGCCGCCGAUGACAAUGUUGCCUGCCGGACUGUCAGUUAUUCGGUCAUUAUGUUCAUCCUCUGCUGGAUCUGCAGCCUGCCCCGAACAUUCGAGGCCCUCUCCAAGCUUGGCGCCGCUUCCGCAGCCUUCACCUUCGUCUCAGUGCUGCUGGCCACCAUCUUCGCAGGAGUCGAGCCACACCCGGCCGGGUACGAUCCCCGGCCCUCCUACACCACCGCUGCCGGUAAGGAUGCUGUCGGAGGCGAUCCUCUCUGGACUGCCUUGCCGGUUGCUGGGACCACUUUCGUCGCUGGCAUGAGCGCCUUCCUGAAUAUCAGCUACACCUUCAUCGGCCAGAUCACUCUGCCCAGUUUCAUCGCGGAGAUGAAGGAGCCAAGAGACUUCCCCAAGGCACUUUGGGCCUGCACAAUCGCCGAGAUCGUCGUGUUUGGCCUCGUCGGUUCCAUCAUCUAUGUUUACACCGGCAACCAGUACAUGACCGCGCCAGCAUUUGGCUCUCUCGAGAAUGUCUACAAAAAGGUCUCCUUCUCCUUCAUGAUCCCGACCCUGAUCUUCCUCGGCGUCCUGUACGCGUCCGUCUCGGCCCGAUUUGUCUUCUUCCGCAUCUUCCAAAACUCUCGCCACAAGAACGAGCACACCGUCAUCGGCUGGGCCACCUGGGCCGCCAUUCUUUUGGCCACCUGGGUCGUCGCAUUCAUCAUCUCGCAGAUAAUCCCCUUCUUCUCAGACCUCCUCUCCCUCAUGUCCGCCUUGUUCGACAGCUUCUUCGGCUUCAUCUUCUGGGGCGUCGCCUACUUCCGCAUGCGCAAGGUCGACGGCAGCCUGGCGCUCAUGAAGCAGCGCGGCAUCUGGGGCUACGCGGAGGCGGGCCUGAACAUCCUCAUCAUCCUCACGGGCAUCUUGUUCCUGGGGCCCGGCACCUACGCCAGUGUCGAGAGCAUAUUGCUGGACUUUGAUCCCUCGUCGGGAGGUGUCUUUAGCUGUGCCAGCAACGGACUGUGACGAGUCUCCAGCGGCAGACAUGUCACGUGCACUAUUACCGUAACACUGCAACAUCUUCAAAAUGUUAUAUAAUGUCAUAAUAGAGCGCUUCCAUCUUGCUUCCCUCUGGUGUAUUGCCUUGUGUCAGGUGGCUCUGAGGGAGCUUGCGAGGCUCUCCUCUAAUAGAUUAUCAUCUAAGAGGCUGUCCUGUAGGAUUUCUCAUAGGAUGUUGACCCCACUGAUUUUAUCCGAUGAGUAUCCCACAUAUACAUAAGUGCUGCUCUUUAUAAGAGUUAGGGGAAUAGACACUGUGGCGGCGUUGUGGGCACUCGAGCAGAG